AUGAGAGUUGUUGACCGACCAUAUUUGCCAAAACCGGCUACUCCUUCUGAGGAUGGAAGAGAGAUCGAACUGCUUCGGUACAUAUACAAUCUACCUAAUCUCGAACAACUCCGCGGCUCUCCCUCGAAUAUCAUAGACGCAAUCGACCAAUAUGGAAGAGAUAAGAGCUACCUCAUGAACGUCGGCUCGGCCAAAGGGUCGAUCGUCACCGACUUGAUAGCAGCAGUUAAGCCUCAAGUAAUGGUUGAGCUGGGCGGCUAUGUCGGGUAUUCUGCGCUCCUUUUUGGGGAUGCAGUCCGCCGCGCGGGAGGGGAGAGAUACUACAGUUUGGAGCGGAGCCCUGGUUUUGGCGCAGUAUCGAGAAUGCUGUUGGACCUGGCUGGGCUGGGCGAUUUUGUCGAGGUCGUAAUUGGCCCCAGCGAUAUCUCCCUUUUCAAACUGCAUAACAGUGGGGUGGUUAACCGCAUCGAUAUGAUGUUCCUAGACCAUUAUAAACCGGCAUACGUGGCCGAUUUGAAACUCUGCGAACAACUCGGCAUGAUAGUGCCUGGGAGCGUCUUGGCGGCAGACAAUGUCAUCUCUCCAGGGAAUCCGCCAUACCUUAGGUAUGUGCGGAGCAGUGUUGAGGAGAAGAGAACGGCGGCAGCAGCAGCCAAUCCGACAUCAUCGCGAGGGUAUGAUCUUGACGGGUUCCCUACUUCCGCGGUCAACCGCUUUGGAAACUCAAGAGGACACGCAUUGGCGUCAGUUGAUAUCUUUGGGAACCCAGAUUUGAUAUAUGAGAGCAGGCUGGUAAAUAGCUUUGAGCCUACCGGAGAACCUGAUGGAGUGGAAAUAACUCGAUGCAUUGGCAUUGACAAGAAUUCCAGCAGCAAACUAUAA